CCCCACUUGGGUGUAUAUAUGACCAAACUUCUCUUACAGAAAGCAGACACUUGUUGCUUUUAACCUGAUCAGUCAGAGAUUGUAUUGGGCGUUACUGUGAGAGCGUGGGCUCCAGACAAAAAUUUGCCUUUUAGGCACUGGAGAUAUGAACACCAUCGACGCGCAGAUCCAUAACAAUAGUAACGCUGCUGUCAGCCCUUUCCAGCAACUGCCAAAAAACGCGCACGAGACACCGGAUAUGGCCGUGUAUUGUGACAACUUCAGUGUUUACCACCAACAGAGUCUACCUGCGGCGCAGAGACCAGCGGGCUACGGCCUGGGGGACUACGCAACCCCAAACCCAUACCUGUGGCUCAGUGGACCCAGUGUCAACUCGUCUUCGUCUUAUAUACAUGGCAACAACAGCCCCUCAUUCAUCCCUCCGGCUUACGGCUCUCAGAGGCAAUAUCUCACCAACUCCUCCGGAUUCGCCGGUCCGGACCUGGGCUGGCUCUCCAUCGCGAGCCAAGAGGAACUUUUAAAGCUCGUGCGCCCGCCUUACUCGUACUCAGCUCUGAUAGCCAUGGCAAUACAGAACGCGCACGAGAAGAAGUUAACUCUGAGCCAGAUAUAUCAAUAUGUGGCGGAUAAUUUCCCGUUUUAUAAGAAAAGUAAGGCGGGAUGGCAGAACUCCAUCAGACACAACCUUUCCCUGAAUGACUGCUUUAAAAAAGUGCCGCGGGACGAAGAUGACCCAGGAAAAGGAAACUACUGGACUCUAGACCCCAACUGUGAAAAGAUGUUUGACAACGGCAACUUUCGUAGAAAAAGGAAGCGCAGGUCUGAUUCCAGCACAGGUGCUGCCAACAACACAAAACCGGAGGAGGAUCGACAGCUCGCAGGGAUCAAACCCACCGACAGCCCUCACCUCACCGGACCCGCAUCUCCUGACACUGACGCGGCCACUGACAGCCACAAGGGCGCGUCUCCUGCAGGCCUUGCGAGCGCUCCGUGCUUCAACAAUUUCUUCAACAGUAUGUCAGCCUUAAGCUCGUCCUCAGCUCCGACUAGCAGACAAGGCUCUCUGGGGCUGGUAAACGAACUUUCAAGCCGAAAUAUCAGCGCCUUGAGCCCGUACCACGUCAGCUCAGCACCUGACGCAGGUGGAGCGAGUGAGCUGCAGGACAGCGUGCACAUGAACCGUGGAAUGUACUGUAACUCUUUUACCGGCGGCCAGAGCGCGCAGUUCAACGGACACUUCUACAACAACUUCAGUGUGAACAGUCUCAUCUACCCUCGAGACGGGACGGAGUUAUAAAUCUGUCGUGAAGACAUAUGACGCGUAUGUUUUCUAAUAAGAAAAAAAAAAAAAGAAUUAUUAUUUCAACACUGUGUAUGGGCUGCUGAAAUGCGACAGGCCUUAUAAGCAGAUAGCAUUCAUUUAAACGCGACAUUUACGCACUGACAGCCACCACAUGAGUAAAAUCUGGUGUAAAACACUGGUCAAAACACAUUUUAUUCUGUGAAAAAUCUUUUGACUUAUGCAUUUGGAUUUUGAUGUCUUAUUUUAACAGAUUUCCAUAUUAUGUGUCAGAUUUUUGAUCAUGCACUAAUUUAAAUACGUUUAUCAUUUGAAUUCAUAAUAGUCUUAAACAGUAGUUUGAUGGAGGGAUUGCCUUGGUAUUCAUGAUUGCCAAGAUUCAGUAUUGUCCAGUAUCGUUCUGUGUCUCAUUUUUUUUUUCUUUCUAUUGUGUAUUUUUUGUAAAUGCAGUUGUUUUGUUAUAUACACUUGUUUUUUUUUUUUUUUAACUAUUUAUAUUAAGUUAUGUAUCUUGCAGUGUCCUUUAAGGAGAGAAAUAUGUGGUCUGGUAAGCUACUAUGAAUGGUUAAAAUGAAACUUUUACCUUCAAGGUAAGGUAAUAGGUGAAUUAACAAAUGUCAUCCUGCCACAAACUCACUUGAUUUUUAAAUGAUAUUUCAUAGGUGAUGAUCUUUACACACAGAUAAAAGUCACUACAUUUAUUAUUUUUCUGCAGUUUCUGCAAAACAUACAUUUUUAAAG